AUGUCUCCUUACAUAUUGGUCUAUGGUAAAGCAUGUCAUCUUUCAGUUGAGCUUGAAUACAAGGCAUACUGGGCAGUCAAGAAUUGCAACAUGGAUCUCAAAGAGGCUGGCCACAAUCCCAAGUUGCAACUGCAAGAGCUACAAGAGUUAAGAAAGCUACUAUCUAGGUGGAUUGGGCCAUUCAUUGUGGAACAUGCCUAUCCCCAUGGAGCUGUAGACAUCCAAAGCAUAGAGAAUGGAAAGAUCUUUAAGGUGAAUGGACAUCGUCUGAAACCAUACUAUGAGGGAUUUGCAAUGCAAGUGGUGGAAGAAAUUCCAAUACUCCAUCCCUCUCAGUCAGCCUAG